ACAAAGACUCUGUGCGUUAGUGGGUGCGGAAAAGCAAAAGACGCCGUGGAUUGACUUUUGCGGAAAAAGUGAUUUUCAUUGAAUUUUCCCUAAAAAUACAUCUCAGAUCGUCAUUUUAGCACAUUCCAUUCGUCAUUCUGCUAAAGAACUCAGACGGUAUUUACGGGAAAUUGACUAGAAGAAAUAAUGGCAGCAUUGCUGGACGGCGUUUUUGAAGGGGAUUUGCAGAAGAAGGUGUCUUCCGCGAGGAUUCUGGUGGUUGGAGCUGGUGGAGUUGGAUGUGAAGUGCUGAAGAAUCUUGUACUGUGCGCCUUCCAGAACAUUGAAAUUAUUGAUCUGGACACCAUCGAAGUGAGUAAUCUCAACCGGCAGUUCCUCUUUCAUCGGGAGCAUGUUGGCAAAUCCAAAGCUCAGGUGGCAAAGGAGAGUGCACUGAGCUUCAAUCCGGAUACAAACAUCGUAGCCCAUCAUGACAGUAUUACAGACUCAAAGUUUGGAGUGACUUAUUUUCAAGAGUUCGACGUGGUACUCAAUGCUCUGGACAAUCGUGUGGCCCGGAAUCACGUCAACCGGAUGUGUUUGACGGCAAAAGUACCCCUGAUUGAGACUGGAACAUCCGGCUACAAUGGGCAAGUGGAAUUGAUUCAAAAAGGUGUCACCCCAUGCUACGAAUGUACACCAAAGGCCAAGGAGAAGACAUUUCCCGGAUGCACAAUUCGGAAUACUCCAUCUGAGCUGAUUCACUGCAUUGUCUGGGCCAAGCACUUGUUCAAUCAGUUGUUUGGUGAAGAUAAUGCCGAUGAGGAUGUUUCCCCAGAUACCGCUGAUCCGGAAGCAGCUGGAGAUGCUGCCAAUGAAGCCCUGGAUGGCGAAUCAAAUGAAAAGGGCAAUAUCGAACGGAAGAGCACGCGUGCUUGGGCCCAGAGUAUCAAGUACAACAGUGAAAAGCUCUUCAAUAAGCUCUUCCACGAUGACAUCAAGUAUCUCCUUAGCAUGACAAAUCUCUGGAAGAAGCGUACACCGCCGGAACCAUUGAAAUUCGGUGUUGGCAUGGCCACGGGUUCGGCGGAGGAGAACUACGACGGGAUUGCCAGGGAGCAGAAGAUUUGGAAUUUGGAUAAAUGCACCCAAGUCUUUGCGGAGAGUGUCAAAGCACUGAAGGACUCGCUGGAUAAUCUUCCUACUGGGGAUACCCUUGUCUGGGACAAAGAUGAUGCCGAUGCAAUGGAUUUUGUCACGGCGUGCGCCAACAUUCGUGCUACGAUUUUUCACAUUGCCACAAAUACGCGCUUUGAAAUUAAAUCCAUGGCGGGAAAUAUCAUACCAGCUAUUGCCACGACAAAUGCAAUUGCAGCAGGAAUGGCAGUUCUUCACCUUCUGAAAGUACUUAACAAUCAGAGUGCCUCAUGUCAGUCCGUCUACAUGCGUUUGAGACCCAAUCCGCAGAAUCAGAUAAUAGUUCGUGAGAAAUUCUUCACAAAGCCAAAUCCCGAAUGCAAAGUUUGCUCCAUGAAAGCCCAGAUUGUUGUUCGCGUAAAUGUGUCCCAAAUGCUCAUUGGAGACUUCCGCAAAAGCAUUCUGCUGGAGAAAUUGGCAACAAAGGCUCCUGAUGUUGUUCUCGACGGGAAAGGUUCCAUCGUCAUUAGUUCCGAGGAGGACGAAGAAGAUCUCAAUGAUGAGAAACUUCUGCAGGAUAUGGGGAUCGUUGAUGGUUGCAUUCUAACGGUUGAUGACUUCCAAGAUGGGAAUCAAUUCACAUUAGUCAUCGUGAAUGAUGAGAAGCAGAAUGCGAAGACAUUUGAAGUAACCAUUGAUCCCGAGGCAAAGAAGAAGGCGCCAGAGGAAGAAAUUGCACAAGAGAAGGAGGAAGAAGAAGAGCCUGCUGCAAAAAAGCUGCGUAUGGAUGAGAAUAGCGUUCCAGGGAGCAGCAAGCAGACGCAGGAGGACAGUGAUGAUGAUCUGGAAAUUGUAGAGUCUGAUGAUGAACUAGAAACAUCCGGGGCAGGGAUCAAGAGGAAGCAGGCACCAGCAGAGAAGGAGGAACCAGUAAAGAGGAAAAAGACGGAGACUUUGCCAGGAAUUGAGGAUAAUGAUGUAAUUCUCGUGGAUUAGAAUACUUUUUUUUCCUUCUAAGCUCAUCUCUCGUACACAUUGAAUUUAAUAUUAUACUAUACGUCUCUAUGAAAUUGAUAAAA